GCGAGGGGGCUUGCGUCACGUGGGCGCUGGGCCUGGGCGGGCUACUUCUCAGUGCGGCGGCGGCGGCGGUGGCGGCGGUGGCGGCUCGGGGGACCGGGGCCUUUUGUUUGGAGCGGCUGCGGGGGGCCACGGAGCGGCGAGGCCCGCGGCCUUCCCCGGCUCGCUGGGUCCCGGCCGCCCCUUGCGGGGUUGCGGGGCCGCCCCGUGGGCCGCCCGUCGCCUCAGGCGCCGCCGCCCCGCCCUAGGCCCGCCCCGCCCGGACUGAGGGGGAGGAACCGGCCGGGCCUCGCCGCGCGUCCCUGCCAGCUCCGGAGUAUUCGCAGGUCUCCGCUGAGCUCUGCACCCGAGGCUACCCCUCGCGCCUUAGGCUGACGCCAUGAAGAUCAAGGAUGCCAAAAAACCCUCUUUCCCGUGGUUUGGCAUGGACAUUGGGGGAACUCUGGUAAAGCUCUCAUAUUUUGAACCUAUCGAUAUCACAGCAGAGGAGGAACAAGAGGAAGUUGAAAGCUUAAAAAGCAUUCGGAAAUAUUUGACUUCUAACGUAGCAUAUGGAUCUACUGGCAUUCGGGAUGUACACCUUGAACUGAAGGACUUAACACUUUUUGGACGAAGAGGGAACUUGCACUUUAUCAGAUUUCCAACCCAGGAUCUGCCUACAUUUAUUCAAAUGGGAAGAGAUAAAAACUUCUCAACCUUACAAACGGUGCUGAGUGCUACAGGAGGUGGUGCUUACAAGUUUGAGAAAGAUUUUCGCACAAUUGGAAACCUCCACCUGCACAAACUGGAUGAACUUGAUUGCCUUGUAAAGGGCUUGCUGUAUAUAGAUUCUGUCAGUUUCAAUGGGCAAGCAGAAUGCUAUUAUUUUGCUAAUGCCUCAGAACCUGAGCGAUGCCAAAAGAUGCCUUUUAACCUGGAUGAUCCUUAUCCACUGCUGGUAGUGAAUAUUGGCUCAGGAGUCAGUAUUUUAGCAGUCCAUUCCAAAGACAACUAUAAAAGAGUGACUGGAACAAGCCUUGGAGGGGGUACCUUUCUUGGUUUAUGCAGUUUAUUGACUGGCUGUGAAAGUUUUGAGGAGGCUCUUGAAAUGGCAUCCAAAGGUGACAGCACCCAAGCUGAUAGACUGGUUCGUGAUAUUUAUGGAGGAGAUUAUGAAAGAUUUGGUCUGCCAGGUUGGGCUGUGGCAUCUAGUUUUGGGAAUAUGAUUUAUAAGGAGAAACGAGAAACUGUUAGUAAAGAGGAUCUGGCAAGGGCUACUUUAGUUACUAUUACCAAUAACAUUGGUUCUGUGGCCCGGAUGUGUGCUGUUAACGAGAAAAUAAACAGAGUUGUCUUCGUUGGAAACUUCCUACGUGUUAAUACUCUCUCUAUGAAACUUCUGGCAUAUGCUUUGGAUUACUGGUCAAAAGGUCAAUUGAAAGCAUUGUUUCUAGAACAUGAGGGAUACUUUGGAGCUGUUGGUGCGCUUCUUGGACUGCCAAAUUUCAGCUAAAACAUCGGAGAUCUUUACUAAGAAAUGUCAUCUAGGAGGAAGUGAUCCAGAGACUACAUUCAUUUUUUUGUCACUGGGAACCAAAGGAUAAAAGAGUAACGCUAUUUGUGUCGAUCUUAAAUGUCAGAACGGUGAGCUUAUGAGCUUUGCCACCUGGAAAGACCUCUGUAAUGAGAAAUACUCCUCAUUGAUUGUCCCCUUGUGUGUAUAUAUAGCCAGCGUUCAAUCCUAAAUGCAAUACAGCCUCUUGAUUGUUGAAUUUUUCUCAAGAAAUGAUUUUCUAUUUAUUUGAUGUAGCCAACAUUGUAGUACUGUAUGCUCAAACACAAAUCUUCAAGUCUCAGAAAUGUUUGCUUAUGCAAAAUAAUUAAUACUAAACAUUUGUUUUGAGUCUGUUUUAUGUACGUUUGGUUACUAGUGAAUAGGAAGUUUCAUACUAUGUAUCGUAAUUUAUUGUACUGGCAAUCAAAGAUGAUCAUUUUCUGUGACUUUAGGAAUGUUAAGGCAAUAUGAAGUAUUAACUAUGGUAGUAGUUUUAUAAACAUCCCCCUUUUAAAAAGCAUGUCUAUAUGGCCUCUCCCCUUAAGUACACUUUUCUCUCAGUUGAUGAGUUGAAAUAACGUGUUUAAACAUUAAGCUGAAGUUUUCUUUUGAAAUUUUUGCACACAUUUGGUGUCGUUUCAUUUUCUUUAUUUCAUGCGUUAAUCAGUAUAUGUGUUAAGAUGUUUACUGUUUUAAAAUUGGGGCAUAAUCACAUGCUUUGGAAUCUAAUUAGGUCUUUGAAAAGUGUGAAGACUGUUCACAUGGAAUAUGGUUAGAGUGGGUGACAUUUUGUUCUCUUUCUACCAUGUGUAUCUCAGGCCCGAACACACUUUUCAUUAGGUCUGAACUGUGAAAGCAGAUUUCAUCCUGCUAUAAGCAGUAGCAAUGGACAGAAUCAGAUAUUAUCUAAAAAGAUAUUUUGAAACUGUGGGGCAUUUAGGCAGUAUUGCUGAGUUACAAAUGGAUCAAUAUUCAUGUUUUUUGGUUAUAAAAGCAUUGCAGAUCCAAAAUUUGUCUUUCCUUCUAUCUUGUAAUUCAUUCUUGGUUUUGAAUUCCUGAUUUUACAAUGUUAAAUCUCUCAAAUUUCACAUAUGCAGUAACAUUUUGGAGACCAGUAGUUCCAUAAAGUUGAAUCUGUAAGGGAAAUGGACCUGUAUUAAUUACCAAUAUUUCUGGAAAUAACCUUCGAGAGGUUAGAGAUUGUUUACAAUUUAAAAAGUAUUUCAGUGUGGUUUCUGAGACCCCAGUGUUUAGUACUGAGAAGUUUCCACCAGACUGUCAAGAGGUGCUUGAUAAGACAGUUGUCUCUGUGUGUAGUUUUCACAUCUUAUGUGCAGGUAUUUAAAAUGCAGUUUUCUUUACCUAAAGAUAUGAGCAUACAAAUAGUAUCUGGGGAGAGAAGCAUAUGAAGAGUAUUUGCCCUUAGAACUUUGAAAUCAGCCCACUCAGACAUUUACGUUUACGAUGUUGUCUUUGUCAGUGUUUGCAUAGAAAUGGCCAAUUCCAGCCAAAUGCAACCACUUCCUUUACAGUUUAAAGGUUUUGACUCAAGUGUUUUUGCAGAUAAGAAAAUAACAAUGUUAGGAACUGCAUAUUUUCUACCUGUGGAAAUUUUAUACAUCAGCAACUAUAGGUUUAGGGCUGUCGUUAAGAAAAGAUUGGUGUUCGUAUUCACUUGAUCACUAUACUUAAGUUAAUGUGACACAUAACAUUCUGUCAAUUUGGAACUGAAAUUAUCUACUAAGAUCCAUGUAAUGCCAGUCAACUAAAUCAUCCAUUUUUACCUUU